AUGUGCGGGAAGCACGCGCGACUUGUUAAUUUGAGCAUUUAUUCUCGACAUGCGGCCUCGGUGCCGGUAGUGAUAACUUCUCACCAUGCUACCUCUAGGCACUUUUCUACAGAGAGACAGAGCUUGGCAACUGCAGUGCCAAAUACCGACAAUGACGAUGGGUCAAGAUCACCGGACUCGACACGAGAGCCAGAGGAGGAGGGCGCAAUGUCGCGGCGACUGUCUGAAAUGACCGAACAGUCCUUGCUGGGAGGAGGACGAUCUACGCGGCGAAACUUGGAACAUAUAGGCUUCUCAGAAGAGUUAAAAAAGCAACUCGAGGAAAGAAUCAUAACAAGCUCUUUUAAAAGUGAAUAUGCAGCCGCUCACUCUAUUGUCAACAUGCCGUCAAGCGCAGGACAGGGUACUCGAGAUACGGCAGCCGCCACCGCAUGGACAGGCACAGAAAGUCUCCAUGAUUCGGCUCUACGUAUGCUUAACGACAGCAGCAAGCCUCUUCGCGCGCCGUACAAGAUUCCCCAGCCCCCUACCCUCCCCGUCAAGUUCCAGUUAUCCCCGAAACCCCCCAAAUCACCUGGACUCCGUAUCGCGAGGGCCAAAGAGAAAACAUCAGUCUAUACCCAGAGCCAGAAUUCCGGAAUUUCUGAGGAAGAACGAAAUGCGUUGCGGCGGGAGAUGCAAGACCGCUUUACGCCUGGGUUCAGAGCGAUGCCAAUGUCGAUACAGGGUCUGGCAUCACUUGCCAAUGAACGGAUCGAGGAUGCCAUUGCGAGCGGUCACUUCAAAGGCAUUCCAAGAGGGAAAGGUGUGAAUGUCGAGGCCGAUCACAAUGCAAAUAAUGCUUUUAUCGAUACAACCGAGUAUCUUAUGAAUAAAAUGAUUAAGAGACAGGAUAUCAUGCCACCAUGGAUUGAAAAGCAGCAGGAGCUUAGCAGGGAAGUCGAGAGAUUCCGACAAAGACUGCGGAGUGAUUGGCGACGGCACGCAGCGAGACUUAUCGCUAGCAAGGGAGGGUCAUUGGAGACGCAGAUGAGACGGGCUCGUGGCCAUGCCGCUGCUGAAGCAAGACUAGCAGAGAGGGCAAAGACCGAAGCGUCGUUUCAAGGCGACUCUGAUAUGGUGGCGGAACCUCAAUCCGCGACCCAGUUGAAUGAUGAAGAUCGUCUCGUUCAUGGGCCGCAAGAGACACAGUCCGAGAUGCAAUCCGCAUCUGACUCCAUCCCUUACCUCCCACCUCUUCGGGACCCAGAUUAUAUAUCCACAGAACGCUCCUACCAUGAGCUAGCAAUCAAAGAGCUCAACUCCCUUACCCGCUCGUACAAUCUCCAAGCCCCUCAAGUCGCCCAGAAACCAUACCUCAGUCUGGACCGAGAACUGGCAUCCUGCUACGCAGACGUGGCGCCGUCUCUGGCAGAUGAGAUCAAACGGAGGGCUACAGAACGAGCACGAAGUCCGGUGUCAACUAUACAGCCGCGAUCGCCGGGGUUGUUGAAUACCUUCGGCAUGGCAGGGACGGCGCGAGUUUAUGACGAAGAUAAGUCUAAGUCAUAUGGGUUUAAGGAAUUCUGGAGAGAUUUAUUUUCGAGGAAGGAUGACUCGCAGGCGAGAUAA